GCGGCCCCCACCCUCGCCGCCCGCGAGACCGCCGUCGAAGCCACGGACCGCCUCGUCUUCCGCGAAACGCUCGCGAACUUUAUCACGGCGAGGAACGCGAAAAACCCGUCAACCCUCGACUGGUCGUCCGACGGGUGCAGUUCGUCGCCGGACAACCCGUUCGGGUUUGACUUCCUCAACUCGUGCUACCGCCAUGACUUUGGGUACCGCAAUUUCAAGGCACAGGCAAGGUUCACGGAUGCGAACAAGCUCCGCAUCGACGACAAUUUCAAGAAAGACCUGUACAAUCAAUGCGCGAAGCAGAACUUUACGAGCAUCUGCGAGGGGCUGGCAGACGUGUACUAUGCAGCUGUGCGGGCGUUCGGG